AUGACGCUGAACGUUAUCAUUUUCCUGGCGAUCCUGAUGUGUGAUUUUACAUCAGGAGCACGCAAGUCCAUGAAAUACAAUUUUCGAAGAGGGAAUGGAUCUGUUCGGCGACCCAAUAUCAUCUUUAUCCUUCUUGACGAUAUGGACCGCGAACUAGGAUCUCCUGAUGUAAUGAAAAAAACACAGAAAAUUUUGCGUCAAGAAGGUGCGGAUUUUGUGAACGCAUUUGUCACAACGCCGAUGUGCUGCCCUUCCCGUUCAAGUAUUUUAACAGGAAAGUACGCGCAUAAUCAUUACACCUUUACCAACAACUUAAACUGCUCAUCGCCGUCUUGGAGAAAGGGUCCAGAAAGGAAAAGUUACGCAAGAUAUUUGGAGCAAGCAGGUUAUGUCACAGGUAAUUUUUAACAUUUCAAUGGCUAAACUUUGGACCUGUUUUGUUACUAGACAGUAUUUACAACAAUUCUAAUCUACACUAAACAAAAGCAAACGUCAGCUGAUAAGUUAGGGUAUGUGCUACGCCGUGAACUAGAUACUGACAAGAUUCAACAAGUCUUAGUUGUCAGUUCUUCCUACGCGCAGAAGGAAUGCGUGGGUUAGUUUGGUGCAAGAUCAACUCACGAUUUCAACUUUCUGAAAGGGUAAACGUGCUUUCGAUGCGCUCAAUUGUAUUUUUUGCUUUUGCAAAGUCAUAACUAAUAAGAGGUAUUGUGAAAAGAAGGCUCACAUUCUUUAUUGUUCGUUGUCCCCCAAUCAUACCUCUAUUGUUCUUAAGGUUAUUGUAUAUUGUAUUUUAGUCAGUGAUCCUAGUGAUUCAGCCGCUAAAUUACUCUAAAAUAUGUAAACAACUUAUUCUGUUAAAAAAAAAAGACAAUCAAUGGUACCUGAAGAUUAAGCGACCUAAGCAGGAGAUAUUGAAGGGAUUUCGCUGACUCUUAAUGACCCAAUUCUUCAUCUGUUUGGAGAGUCAAGUUACGUCUGGUUGCUUUAUACCGUCCCAAUAAACUGUUUAUUUAAAUGGUGAUUCAUAGCUCAAGAUUGAUUCCAGAGUAUCUGACUCAGGAUCUUGAAAGAAUCUCUGCUUAUACAGGCAUUGUUUUUUAAAACAACUUAACUGUCUGUGAUUUGGGCAACAUACUGCGCUGAAUCUUGUCUGACUCUCUGACUUCUUCAGUGUUGAGAUAUGUUCUAUUUAAUAUUAAAUUUCCACAGACGUAGGGGAUUCGAUCUGUUGAAGUAUUUUUAUUUGUCGGGUCAGACGAGUUUUCGCGGUCAUGAAGUUUAUCGCUUUAAAUUCGCUGUAAUUUUAACACACUCUGCGCGGAAAAAAAUCAAUUAAGACUGAUAAAGUAACCGGGGUCGGCAGUUUCUAGGUGUUAUAGAAUAGUUGCGAUUACUGAGUAACGUAACAUACAAUAUUAACAUGAAAAAGACUGAAAUGAGUUGAACGAUACCCAAACCGUAAUUUGGUAUACGUAACGACGAGAUAAAAAUAGUGAAGGUUUUUAAAACACAACACCAGCUACAUUGUAUCCCGAAAAAAAAACCCUUGCCUCUAAUGCCUUGUUUCGAGCUUUGCCAAUUUUUUUCGCUUUUAGUCUCUCAAUUUCCCUUUCCGCUUUACGUAGAGGAAGUAUGUUUUUUUUAAUAGUUCUAAGAGCAGGAAAAGGCUUUUGUUACACUGAAAAAAAGUUACCUUUUUUCUGCCCUGAACAAGGUCCUUUUUUAAAAAAAUGCUUGAUUUGUAUCUUUCUUUAUUUUUUCUUGCGUAUUCGUUCGAUCACGAAUUAAUUUUGACACAUGUUUAGCUUACUAGCUGGUAGGAGGGAAAAUGUAGAAGCUAGAAAGAGAUCAUUAGUCAGGAACUCAGACAGGUUCUGUAGAAUUCUACCUUUUUCAAUCAGUCUAUAGUGGUGAGACGUGCAACAAGUAAUUUAUGCCCCUGACUAUUGCUCUGUCAAGACUCUGUCAAACGGCUAAGAACCGUAGUUUAUACAUGCUUUUUUAGAAGUCUAGCAGGGAAAGGUUCUACCGACUUGUAUUUUGGGACGUUUACUGGCAAUCUAUAGCCUAAGUAGGUUCUUAAUUAGAUUCUCAAUUUCUAUGUAGGAGAUGGUUUUAGGGUAUAAGGGUUAGAAAAAUACAUAUUAAACUUGUCAGAGCUGGCCGGUUUGGUCCUGAAGUAUACAGUAUUUAUAUUUUAAUGCACAACUUUACAUUGCAAACCUCUGCUUGACAAAAUACAUUCUGUACUUUAUAUAAACACCUUUUUUCAACUUUUUUGUUGUAGAAAUCACAAGAAUUCUCUUAUUUGUAAUUAACAGUUUCUUACAGUAUUUUCUGGCUAUAAAUUUAGCUAAAUUUGCAAAUCUCAAAGUCAUCUCCUCGGUUUCAAUGUUUAUGUCAAUAGGCCACUGAGACAAAAGAACUUGUUUGAUCUUGCUUGGCUCUCUUAGUAAACACUGGCAGGCUCUUAUAUUUUUGGGUAUCAAAAUGGCAAUUUUCUGCAAGCAGUUUCUUAAGCCACUAGGUUCUUACACAGGGGUCUUUUUUACGGUCCGUAUAAAAGACAGUGGGAGUCUUUGAACGAGUGAUUUGAUGGACUUUUGAUGUCUUUCUUUAUGGUCGGUCUAUAAGAAUAUAGACGAUGAAAAAUUGUUGUUUCUUUUUGAUGCAUUUAACAUUGGGAGUCACAGGGAACGGAUCAUUAUAUGACCCUUAACAAUUUAAACCCCAAUAAAACCAUGUGCUAGUGAUCAAACGUUUCACUGUACUGGUGAAAACUAAAGAAGAAGCUUGUUAAUCAACACCGACAUAGCUGACGUAGUUGUCCACAGUCUCAACACGUUACCAAGCAUGUUUGUAUGGGUAGAGCUAGUGAUUUUUGACGUGAAUUUUCUUAACUGUCCAAACCGAAAGAUGCCGGCCACAUGAUUUUUCUCAGGAGAGAACAUCAAAGAACAACAUCGCCGCAUCAUAGGUGCUUAAAAUUCCCUCAUGAUUCGGUUGACUAAAAAACAUUGUGAUCGCCAGGAUACGGACGAUCAUGAUAUGAAAACCGUUCAGCCAAAGUCCCUUUUUAAACAUUUAAAUUACGUUUCGUUGAUGAUCGUUAUAAAGUUGAAACAGAAAUCAAGUUAUGUGUUCGCGGCUUAUUCAAUAAUCACUUAUUUUUCUGUUCCUCAGUGUACGAGUUGUUCCAUAAAAAUUUCAGACCACUUGUGUGUGUCCUAUCGAAAGUUUAUCGCUUCCUUUCUUUAAUUUGAAUACAUCCAAGUCAUCCAUAUAAGGUUUCAACUUAUUUUUUAUUUAUGAGUAGUUAUCUAGGGAAUGAUGACUCAAUACAGAAGGAGGUUAUCUUUUAUUCGAUAAGCAUCUUGCGGGAUGAGACGCUCAGUACAAAAUCAACAGAGAAUUCAUACAGUCUAAACGUAGUAAAUUUAAGGUUUUAGACCUUCGUGUGAGGAGAACGUUUGGGCCUCAAAUCAUAUGUGGAUUCCUACCUUAGAGAAAUGUUACCGCUAAGAAAUCUGCAGAUCUUGAGCAAGGCCUUUGUCAUGCUUUGUCUUGAUGAGAACGUCAAUUUUUUGGCAUCCGUUUAUUCUUAAUUCUAUAAUUAACUCUUCAGAGGAAAUACGGUCAUGAAAAGACUGGUUGUUUCUCCUUUUUCGACACAAUCUUCACUGAGUAGGUCCCAGAAGGACUUUUGGUUGUCAUGGAACAUUUUGCUUUAAUCGCUGUUAUUGGCUACGUCGGGUUGGACUUAGCGUGCAUUUAGGCAUUAAACGGGAGUAAGAAGAGAAAAAUCUCUCCUUAUCCCAUGCUUCCAUCGGCUUAUUAUAUAACUUAACACAGUGGUGUAUACUAAUGCCGUCUGCAAUAUUUUGCUCUUAUAUAUACACGCCAAAAGAGCCAACUUUUGUAUGAAUCAAAAUAUUUUCACAAGAAUUUAAGUGGCUUAUGUGUAUCAAUGGACUUUAUUAAACCAUUCAGCUUUUUAAUGGGUAUUUUGGUUCUGACUUUUGAUUUCGCGGACGAAAUCUAUUGGUGGGUAGCCAUCCAAAACAUUCCCCUUCAAUAAUUCACUUCUUUCACACGGUGCUAUAUGUUUAAGUGUCCAAUACAAACGAAAUUUCGGGAUUAUUCCGGGUUGAAUUUCUGUAAAAAUAGACUGCAAUAUUUUUACCAUGAUGUCGACAAAAAUAUUUGGAUAGACAAUAGCCAACAAUGGCACUCGUGCUUCUGCUUUGGAAGCAGCUGUAUUUGUUUUUGCCUCUUUCUUUCUAUUUUCUCUCUGUAGCUUUUCUUUGUUGUUGUUGUUUCUUUUUUCUCUAUUUGAGGUCAAGGUUAGAUAAGAUCUUUGCCAGAUUUUCUUAAAUCUAAUCGGUUAUUUAAGACAACUUUUCAAAUACUCUUCAAGUCUGUCUGUUUCAGAAUUGAGCUCAUUUAAUCCUAUUUUGUCACCUUUUUAGUUAAACUGUUCAAUUUUUUUCGCGACUGCAGCACGUCAGUUUUGACAAAACUCGAAAAUACCUUAAUGGCCAUAAAUGCAGUUUAAUGCAGUGUCGAUAUGGUAGCGAAAUUCCAGUUAGAUACCUAGCUAUUUUGUUUAUGAAGAAAUGUUUUUACUACCAAGGGGCAUACUUUCAACUUAUGAAAUCAAAUUCUUUCCUAAAAGGCAUCAAUUGGAUUGGAAGGUUUUGCCUUGUAAUCAAAUUAGGAAAUCUCAACAAACAGAGCAGAUUGACCAGAGAGAAUACUUAUGUUCGGAUGACGUCACAAAUGGCAGACCGUGGUAAUCUAUGAAAAAAAUAUAUUGUCAAAUUGCGUAACUUCCUGAUUAGGGAAAAAAAUCCAUUGCCUAAAGUCACAAACUCAUUGGUCUUGUUAUUUUAAGCUCGACCGAAUUCGCUUGGCUUGGCUGUUUCGGUUUAACUUCUUUCUUGAUUUACAGUGAAACCUGGGAAACGGAUAUCCACAGGACUUUCGCUUGUAUCCGUUUGAUAGAGCUAAAUAAAGAUUCAUUUUACUAAAAAUAUGCAUGAGAAGAAACAUUUGAAACACACUGAGCUACUCGUCCACUUGAUACAGGGUGUCCUCUUAAUUAAUAUGGGUUCCAUGAGAUCCGCUAGGUUCAAGUCACUGUUAGAGUAAGCCCUUUCCUGAUUGGAUUAGUAAUUAGCUGUCCACGUCAAACUAUUUAGUUUCGAGUGUCUUCCAGAAAAAAAAAACUUUGUAAACAAGCAAAAGACUGGAAACAUCUAUGCAGUCUUUUCACGUUCGUAAUUCUGAAAUGAAUAAGGGAAGUGUAAAGACAAAGGGUGGUCUCUUUAUUCAAAUUUCCCCACUGAUAGGACAGUGAAACCUACAUCGAUCGAACCCCAUAUUAAGCAGACACCCCGUAUUAGGUGGACGAGUAGUAGCUCAGUGUGUUUCAAACGUUUCUUUCCAUAUUUUAAGCAAUGCGACCCAGUAUUUAGCGGACACCUCUACUGAUUAAACAGAUACCAGGGAAGGUUCCUCGGGUGUUUUUCGAGGUUCACUUUAGAGCUAGAGAAAUACGCAAGGAUAAAACUGGGCAAAAAGAAGAGAAAAAGGGAAAAAUUACAGAUCUGAGUUCUGGAUUGUGAGGGCAAAACACAAAUGUAAAAUCAAACGCUUUAGUUUAGUCUGUGGUGCCUUUAUAGGAGGGAGCGUUGCGUGACGAGACAGAAACGACUGCGGGAGACUAGCCAGUAUAUAGCUCGCUCUUCUAUAUCCAGAACAAAAAAAUGGAAUCGUCGUAAUCAAGGGAAGUGACAAUUAAUCACCCUGAAAAUCUGAAAAAAAGCCAAUUACGUUUAUCGUUCGCAGUUCUCAGGCAGAGGUUAUUCAACAGCCGAUUAUAUACAGUGAUCUUUUGAAACUUUUGGAGAAAUUCUCCAAAUUUUACAAAGAAUGUAUGGUUCAUUAACGUUUUUGCCACUCAGCAAUUUCCCAGUGUUUGAUAGCUGGCUGAUAUUUCCUUCAAUAAUUUGCAAGCAAAGAUCUGAAAAUUUCACAAAUUGCUCAAGUUAAUCAGCCCUUUUAACUUGUGAAUUUAGUUCGUAUGAAAAAAUAUGAAUAAUGACGUCAGCAAAGAUUCGCCAAUUUGGUCGUUCAUCAACCAGACGAGUAUGGGUUACAGUAAAGACCAGCGAUAAAGAACUUGGUGUUUAAGAAUGACCUAUUAGGCUAAAAUUUACCAGUUAGGGCCUCUCUAUACAAGAAGCUAAUUAAAAUUUGGAGCAGGAAAUUAUUUUCCAAAAUCUAUGAAAAACCGUUCUGUACACUCAAUGCAAAUAAGAUAUUAAGUCAACAUUCAGGUUCCUCUUUGGAGACGUAGGUGCCUUAUUACUCCAACUGCAAUGGAAUAGUAUACAGAUUUUAUAUAAGGAUUAAGCUGAACAUCACUUAAUACUCUUAGCUACAAUGUAUUUUUUCCUGCAGAAAACCUAAAUAGCCUAAAUUUGGGCUAAUGACCAUUUAUAUAAGAACCUGUUUAGGAUAACUUGACAAAACGCAGGUUCUUUAUAGAGGGUUUUUACUGUACGGGCCUGGUUUGUUGUAACCGCCCCCCCCCCCCCCCCCCCCCCCCCCCCCCCCCCCCCCCACCCCCCCCUAAACACCCUCAGCAAGUGGUCUUCAUCUUUUUAUUUUUUUUUUUGUAAAUUUUGUUUUUUUUUUUUUUUAUUAUAAAUUUUUUGUUCAGUUUCAUCCUUUUUUUGUCUGUUUUUAUUUUUAUUUUCAGACUAACAACAAACUACAAUUAAAGUAAAACAUCACUUAUUCCCUUUUCUUAAAAUGUUUUUUUUCCGCAAGAAAAACUAAAAAGCCAAAUUUUGGGCAAAUGCCCUUUUUUAAAAAACCCUUUUUGGGAAAACUUAAAAAACCCCGGGUUUUUUAUAGGGGGUUUUUCCUUCCCGGGCCGGUUUUUUUUAAACCCCCCCCCCCCCCCCCCAUCCCCCCACUCACUGCGAGACUCAUAAUGAUAUAACCUAUGAAGGGUUGUUCUAACUUUUAGUUAAGUGUGUUGGUAAAAUCCUGUGAUUUGAUCUUUCAAAUAAAACCUCUUCGGCAGUACUUUCACAUGUUACUAACUGUUUAUAACAUUUAACAAAAUGACACAGCGAGAUUUUGUUGAAUUUUGACGUUGGCUUAUUUUGGCUGCAGUGAAGAGGUUAAAGCGUGUUCUUUGAUUCUGAUCGUUCAAUGGGAACUACUGCCCGCGCGUGCUCAGAAAACAUAUGCACGGCAGGCUAAGGUUUUGUACAUUCUUACACUUACUUUACCCUCGGCCAAGAAAAUUGCCAAUUUUCUGCGUCCAGUUCAGAAUUGGAUUAAAUGUUUAUAACGCGGUCACUGACAAAUGGUAUGUCCUGACUUUUUAUAGUGCGCCACCCGGCGCCCUCUAAUGGAAAAAUAACAGAAUUAAGCGGAUAACGGGCGGUUGCAAUUCAGGGAAAAUAUUUACAUUUUUAUUUUUAGGCCCGGUUCAGACGCCGAACUUUUCAUGAGUCGAACCUAAUUCGAAUUAAGUUGUUUCGAUACAGUUUUUUUCAAAGGCCAUACCGAUAUUUUUCAAUCGCCUUAAAAGUGGUUUUUUCCUUGUCUGAUCGCUAUAAAAUUUUCACCAUUAAUUGGCUAUGGAUUGAAAUUUGUGAAAAUGUAGUUUUAUGUAAAAUCGAUAUUACUAUGACAACAGUAAACAAAAAACUUUGAAAUUGAUAAAAGCCGAUUUUUGUGUGAUCCAGACCAGCUACUGAAACUCCAACACUAGGAACUUAAAGUUUGGUGUUUAGCAAACAAUCUCCGUAAGAAGUAAAAAAUUCGACUAAAACGGAAAUAUAUUUAAAACCUCAAAAUUUCAAUAGCCGUGAUAGAUUAUUUAAUAAAAACGUUAGAAAUCACUCAAAUUAUUCUUAAGUAGGUCAGAAUACUGCUUAAUAUCAUAUUUUGGUGCCAGGAAAUUUUGUGUACUUUCGUUCUUGUGAUCUUGAAAACUAACCCAUUUUCUCACCAACUUCAUUCAAAAUUUGGACCCUCCAAACCUUUUUAGUGUCGUUCUCAUUUUUUUCAAGAAAUCUUUACAUUUUCACUCGGUUCCUCUUUUCCAGGUCACUUUGGAAAAUAUCUGAACGAGUACGAUGGAAGCUGGGUCCCAGUCGGUUGGAAAAGAUGGGAGGGAUUACAGUUUAACUCAAAGUUUUACAACUACGUCAUCAGACAUAACACAUACAAGGAACGGCGCAAGAUGAGCUAUGAAGAAGAUUAUUUCACAGAUUUCAUCACCAAUCGCAGUAUUUCGUUCAUAAAACGCACAAGAGCCACCAGACCAGAGAGUCCAUUUCUGGCGGUCAUAAGUCACGCGGCACCUCAUGGUCCCGAAACACCAGCACCACAGUAUAGCACGGCGUUUCCCGAUGCCCAAGCUCCAAGGUAUGACCGCAGAUUGAAAAGGGACGCGAGUUUAAGGCUCCGUUUGCUAUGGAGAAAGCUUUUCCCGGGUAGUAGGAGCUACCUUGGGCUAACCUACGAUCAGGCCUUUUUUUGUACAAAUUUUUUCGGGGAAAGGGAAAAAAAGAAGAACGCGGCCUUUUCCCCUCGUCCCCCAAACAAAAAGGGAAGAAGGACAGCCUGAUCGUAAGUUACCCUGGUCGAGCCAACAUUUCCUGAAUUCUUUUGUUACAGAUAGGGUAUACGGAAGUUCUCUGGCACACUUCUCAUUUCAGUGUCCAUAUCUUUACCUUCUUUCUCUUGCAGGUACCCUAACUGGAAUUUUAUUUCCCUUGACAAACAGUGGAUCUUAAGACAAAAGAAGCCUAUGGAUGCGCAGAAAACUGCAUUUGUUGACCUCUUACACCGUCGGCGCCUUCAAACGCUUCUAUCUGUUGAUGACUCCGUAGCGCGAAUCUUCAACACUUUGCAGUCACUGGGAGUUGAAAAUGAGACUUACAUUUUCCUUUCCUCAGACCAUGGUUAUCAUCUCGGGCAGUUUGGUUUGGUCAAAGGCAAGUCUAUGCCAUUUGAAAGCGAUAUUCGGGUGCCAUUUUAUGUUAGAGGGCCGACUAUUCCUAAAAAUAUCAGGUAAGGGCCUGGAGUGAAAUUAGGGGUACAUAGUUACUAAAACCCACAUAUAAAAACAUUAUGUUUUGGAACCUGGCAAGAAACUGAAAUUAUGGGUUCUUAUUGCUGCGGAGCGACCGAAGGGAGCGAGCAGCAACAUAAUCAGGAUUUAAAAGAAAUAUAUAAGGGGCGACGAAUUCUUGAAUUCAUCACUUUUUACCACAAUGCAUUGCAUUUAACCACACUUUUUACCACAAUGCAUUGCAUUUAACCAGAGUGCAUUGCGCCACGAACAACUCAAAUAAAAACACGGGGAAGUUCGGUGGGUGAGAAUUAUUAUUAUUAUUAUUAUUAUUAUUGUUACUUAGGCUAAGGGUUAGACUUAAAGUUCGAUUCUCAUAAUUCUGUAUCUUAGCUUUUUAUCGUUUUUAGUGUUUUAAAGUUUUUGCUAGCCGCAAUAAAUUGGCCCCACGAUCGUCAAAAAAAAAAAAACUUUAAGCAAUGCCGAGCGACAAAAGAAAAAACAUUAUAAUUACUGUGAAAGGUUUGAACCCAAGAGUCAUUUCAAAAGUAGGUUGAGUUUGAUUGUCCGGGUGAACGUAGUCCUGAAUAGGACUGUUGUUGUUGACAGGGUUAGGGUUAGGGUUAGGGUUAGGGUUAUAAUUACUAUAUUCCUUUGAAUUAUAAUCAUGUAAAGUUUUGACGUUCGCUGUGCAGUAUAUGAACGCAUCGCUUCGUUUGUCAAACUGUUUGCCGACAGAACUGUUUGGUUAAAAAACAGUAAUAUCAUUUAAAAUCUAUGUAUCAAAACAAUUAUUGUUGUAUUAAAUUGCAAAUCAAAUUUAGUCCGAGGAAAGUUGAGUUGCGAAGAGUCUUUCGUUUUUCAACAAGAGUUCAUAUUUAGUGCCCAAAAUGAUUUGCCCUGACUUUAAGGUAAUUCUUCAGUUAUAAGGCUUGUAAAGCCCAUAACGUUUGAACCGGGAGACUGUAGUAAUAUGAAUGCCUUCAACAAAUGCAAACAGGAAAUUUGCGACGACAUCCGGUAGUCACAUCGUUGAGGUCGAUCGUUGACGAUCCAAUAUACAGCUACACGGUUUUUACGUUAUAGAGAAUUGACUUUAUUAUUUGCUGAGAGGUAGAGUAUAUUCUAUCUCAGACCGUUUGGAUUUUCCAGACCUAAAACUGAUCCGUUGUCGAAAACCGGAUAAUGUGUUUAUUGGUUGAAACCAGGGCGUAAGAAGCUAGGGUAGCUUCUUACGCCGUGGUUGAAACAACGAACCAAUCGCGAUCUAAAAAUGAUUUCAAAUCAUUUUUCAUACAUCUGUACUAACGUCGUGGCAACUGGCUUAGAAUCGCUGACACAUGUUUUGUGUGAAAGCCUUCACAACCAAAUUUUAAUACAUAAUUAAAUUAAUGACGAAAUCGUACCGCAUAUUAAGUGAUCUAUACGAUUGCCAUGAUUAUAGAAAAGAAUGAUUUAUGUAACUUUUUGCUGCGGAGCGACCGAAGGGAGCGAGCAGCAACAUAAUCAGGAUUUAAAAGAAAUAUAUAAGGGGCGACGAAUUCUCGAAUUCAUCACUUUUUACCACAAUGCAUUGCAUUUAACCAGAGUACAUUGCGCCACGAACAACUCAAAUAAAAACGAAAGUUCGGUGGGUGAGAGUGCAUCAUUUGCUGCUCAGACUUAGAGUUUUCUUUGUGGCAAAUUUUCUACAGCAAGGUUAGAGGUCUUACCAAAUUUUAAGACACGCAGGAGUCUUUCAGAUGAGUACGAUGGUUUACUUGGGGAUUGGAUUUCAAUUCAAGAGCCUUUUUUGCUCUUCGACUCCGCAACACGGGGGAUAUACAAAUCCCAGCUUGCUAGAAGGUGAUGUGAAAGUGAGAAAAUGUCAUGCAAUGCUAUUCUUAAGAAACUGUAUGAGCCGAAAAUGGAUGUGAUUUUGACCAUUAUAUUCGCUUCAAAAUAACUGCGGAGAUCGAGAUAACAAAACAUAUGUUUUGUGUCCUACGUUGCAGACGAGGACGUGUAUCGACGUUUUGAAAAGCAUAAUUAUGUUCUUUUAUUCAUUUAUUGCCAUGGAAUAUGCGUUUACAUUGUUUUUUCACUGUUAAUAGCUCGGUUAAUGCGGCUGGCGAUCAUCUUGCCGGCGGAAGUUUCAUGUAGUCCAGCUGUUAUCGACCAAAAUUGUUCAAAUUAGUGAUACAAGCAUGAAACUUUCACAGAUUACUAAGGGCCCUAAGGGUAAUAUUUUAUGAUGUAGGGCCAAGCCAAAUUAAGCUCUGGAGUCCAGAUCUACGCAUGCCCCGAUUUCGCUAGCAUGGAAACGAGGCUAAAAAUGAAAAACGCCUUAAAUGAAAGAGUUUUAGGAAAGUAACCAUCAGUUAUGACAAAACUAAUAAUUUGUUGGAAAUUUUGAUAAACUUUGCAGUCACGUGACCAGUUAUAACGUUUUUUUUAUCAGGCUUGGGUACCCUGGGGUGAAAUUUUGUUUACACGAUUUUUCAAUGUUUUGUGGAGCAUAAGUGCAGGGGAUUCGGUUUUUUGCUUACGUAUUUUGUCAAAAAUGUAAAACGCAACUCCUAACACACACUGUGCAUAACUGUAAAAGCCAUCUUGCAAUGAACUGAAACUUGAAGACUUAUCAAUUUGGCAGGUUUCCUCAUUCUUUAGACCGAUAUAGAGAAAUAUAAAUACAAGUAUGGACUUUCCUUGACCCUACAUCAGAAAAUAUUACCCUUAGGGCCCUUAGUAAUCUGUGAAAGUUUCAUGCUUGUAUCACUAAUUUGAACAAUUCGAGCUUUUUUUGGUCGAUAACAGCUGGACUAAUGGAAAAGGAAUAAAAUGAAAGAGUUUUCCCAGUGAUUACGUAGUCAGUUUCUGUGGUGUAGUGGUUAACUGUAGUCGCGUAGAGUCGAAGGUGCCGGGUCCGAAUCCUGCUGAGUUAUUUAUUCCUUCUUUCUUUUUUUUCCCGCUUUUUGUGUUGUUGUUUUCUAUAAAUUAUAUCGAUUUAUUGACAAUGAAUUAUUUCACGUUGUUUGUCGUUCUUUUCAUAACACAAAGGUCUCUUUUAUAGCACGUGGCAUAUAAUUUAUAUACCUAUUUCGAUCUGAAUUUCUAUUAUUUCCUACAUUUACUGUGGGAAAACCAGAGUUGAUAACCACUUGAUCAUUUUCUAAACAACGUUCCAACGAGUUCUUUCUAUAGACUGAUAGUAAUUAUUCUAGUACUUUCCAACAUGUAAAUAGGACAUUCCAUGUCAUUUUUGAUUCUUUUAAGUCUCACUGCCUAACUAAUGCCAGUAUCAACAGAAUGUGCCGCAGCAUUACUAUCUUUUAGAUACCCUAGUUACUUAGAAUUAAGUUAAAACUUGGAAUUCCAAAAUGAAACACAGCACACUCUACACAUGCAAACUUAGAAUUAUAACAGGGGUUGGAUUCCUUUAGAUUACAGCCAUUUAGACAUUUUUUUUAGCCAUUUAGACAUGAUUAUCUGUAUACUUCAUAUCCACAACAGACCAAAACACUUUUUCUUUAAAAAAAUAAAUAAAUAAUUGAAGAAUUUUUUUAGACCAACGUAGAAAAAUGCAUGUUCUAAUGUUUGGGUUUUUACUUAAUCACCUGUAUGUGCUUACGUUUGAUAAGCAAGGUGGUUCUUUAAUUAAACAGUAUAUUUUUCUUGAAGGAUGAAAGAGAUGGUGUUGAAUAUCGACAUAGCACCAACAUUUCUGGACAUUGCCGGCGUGACGGUUCCAAAAGACAUGGACGGUACUUCUAUUAUGAAACUUUUCAGAAGGAAAAAAGAAGGAAGACGAUCGAAGAGGUAUAAAAGCGCAUAAUUUUCUUUUCAUGCAACUAUUCCCUGUGUUCAGAACGAUCUCCUUUGGUGCUUUUUUAAAGAAGUCUUGAAAUAACGAAGAGAGAAGAACGAGGAAAAACCAAAAAAUUCUUAAUCCAAGGACUUGUUGCACGAAGCUCGUGAUCUUAAAAUGCCUGUCGAGGUGCUGUUUUCUCUAGGUGCGAGGGAGCUUCUUUAGGCAUAUUCAAAAUACUGCAUAAAAUAAUCAAAGAAAAUACAAAGACCAGUGCAACACAAUUACUGUAUAUUCUCCCUAAUACUAGAGACACUAUAUGUGGAAUAGAUGGGAGACAAAUUAUCGAAAGGUUGUUUUUAAAACAGUAAUUGAUUGACGCAGGAAGAAAGUGACAACUGUGUCAGCAGCGAGAAAGACUCUGCAACCGUAAAUGGCACUCUUCCUAUAGAUUCUUUAAAGGAUAUUGUUAAUGUUUUGUUUUUUCUCUUUUUCAGGCGUAUGCACGUGGUUUGGAGGGACACCAUCCUCAUUGAGAGGUCACGUGGGUAAGGCGUGUACAUCCUUAAAAACCCUUUGUUUUUAUCUACCUUCUUUUCUUCUUUCUUUUUUUUUUUUUUAAUUAAAAUUACCUAAAAAUUUUGCAAGUAAUCUUUACUUAGUUUGUUAUUCAAGCUUCUCCAGACUGGUAUAAAUUUAUACAGUUUUUAAAAUUAUUUCUAACUCACGAUCUUGUGACGCACAUUGAAACAUGUAUUACAAAUUGUUUUUAAAAAGUAUUGAAAAAUUCCUGUUAGAGAACUUUUUCGAUCGAGCCGGUGUGAAAGCAACCUUAUGUGACAGGUUUAAAGUAACGCUCCUUGAUUUGAGCAGCUCAAUCUCAAUGAAAUGGUGUCCGAACUGUCAUUGUUACCCCAAAAAGCGGGGACUUUUGUGAUGCGCGGGGACGGACAAUGAGCAACGAGUGAAAAACGCGUUUACGUGCAUGACUCGCUCAGCAAGCGCUUUCCCACGCGUACACGAUAAAGGCGUCACAGUAACCACGCGCUGACACGAGCGACUAGUAAACAUUUUCCCGGUGCGGGGAUUUAUUAGAACACUGAUUCCUUUAUUUGCGCAUGUAGAAAUGUUGGCAAUGUGUCAUUUUAGCUGGAGAAGAACAAAAAGCAUGAUGAAUAGUGGUUUGCCCAGCAAGUCAAAGUCUGAAGAAAAGUCCCUUAACAAGACUGAGACAACCAAAGAGCGUAAGACGAAACUUCUAGAAAAUAUCUGCAACAGUCCUAAACACCAAUCGCCUUGCAAACCCAGGCAGCUGUGGGAAUGCGUGACAGUGGGUGACAGACCUAGACUGAGGAAAUGUAGAAAAUCUGGCUCGAUACAAGCAACGACGACCCCAACGACCCGACCCACACCAUCGUCAGCUCCCACCUCCCCUGUCAAGAUGUGUGUAUGUAUGAAACCGAGGCCAGGAUCUCAAGGGGACAUGUCUCCUUAUAACAGUGAGAAAACGUCGUGUAAUUUCAGUGAAAUGAUACCAUCCUUGUUCCUGGGUCCAUUUGCACCUCAUCCACUUCACUAGCCUGCGUGGCAGGCGUUCAAAAGGGAAGCUGGAAGGGAAUUAGGGCGAGAGACGGCUCUCGCACGCCCAAAUUCCCCCUUCCCCUUCCCCUUUUAACGCCUACCACGUAGGCUACCACUUCACUGUCGAUUAUGGCCGAGCUGAAGAGGGAAGUGCGCUGCAAAUGAGGCCUAGAUGAUGUAUUCCUGGGUUAUAUUCUUGCUUCUUUCGUGAUUAUGUUCAUUUUUUUGCUUUUCAACGAUUCGGUUCAACUGCAAUCAGCUUAUGAGUAAAAUAGACACUUUUCGUUGCCCAAUCAGCAGUUUUUUUUUUUUAGUUUUGGUAGUUUGGAAAUAUGCGUUUCCUUUUUGUCAUAAGAUGCCAUUUCAGGCCCGCGCCAGAAAUUAGUCAUUAUUUUUAUUCGGAAUCAAUUCGCCACUAUAGAAAUGAGAAGAAAUCUGCGUUGAGUGGGACUGUUACUAGGGACAGGGGAAAAAAUUGACUAAUAGCUGACCGGCAUGUCCCCAGUUUCGAUCCCAGAAACCAUUGCCAGACAUUUCGCCUCCAAUCCCCUUCUCGUUUCUUACAGAUUUGUUAUAUUUACAAGGAUGGCAAGGACGCGCCCUCAUAGCGCUAAAACAGCCCGUCGCGCGCUUUUCAAAAGUUUUGAGUUAACCCACACUUGAGCCUCUUUGUUAGGGAAGGGAGGGUGGAGUGUCCCCCUAGUAACAAUCCAAAUCUUUUCGCCAGAGAAUUUCACAGUUGAUUUGUUGAUAAUGUAAACUUCUUUGGAAUGCUGCUCGUCUGCCUGAGAAUUUUGGGCAUCGGUAGACAGCUAAAUAUCGGCCUAUACUGUUAAGCUCACAAAGCGCCCGCUUUUACAGAUCGCCUUAAAUGCAACGUUGCUUGACAUAAACUGCUAAAUGCGCGGCAUUUACAGCGUAUCAACAAUAAACUGUGAGCUGACAGCCAUGACUCUACAUAAGCAAUAAUGCAACUGAUACAACCUUGGAACCUCGAUAUAACGAAAGACCACUGGAUUGGAAAAAUCUGUUCGUUAUGACGAGGUUUCGCUACACACCGAGAGAAAGAACUAAGAACAAAUCACUCCUCUGGGAGGGAGGGGGGACUCCCAAAUAAAAGUGAGGGGGACGGUCGUCGGAAAAUUCAACGCUGGAGCCUGUAUAGAAUAACUAAGUGACACCCAUCCUGUUACGACAGCUAAUAAUUAACGGAUUCCAAAACGCACAGAAGACAAAUUUAUGCUAAACUUCGUAUAGCAAAUAUUCUGCUAUUACUGGGGCGAACAGUAUCGUUCGUUAUACCGAGUACUUCGCUAUAUAGAGGUUCGUUAUAUAUUGAGGUCCCACUGUAUUCUCCUGUCUUUCUCUCUUACUGCAGAUGAACUGCUUAGAAAUGAACUGGAUUACUUGUUAACAAAGCAGCUCAGACGGCGAUCAAAAAGAUCUCGUUAUUCCUAUGUUAGCAACAGGCCACGGAGGAGUAGAAGUGAAUUUAAUGCACGGAGAUACUACAAGGAGCUGGCGAGAGCACAAAGACUUCAAAAUCGUCGCGCCAGGCAAAAAAUGCUCCACAGAACUCCAAUCACAGGCAAGUUCAGACAAUCGUUCAGUGCAUUUUUGUCCACCCAAACGAUCCCGGAAAUCGUUCUCACUAAAGUUGUGCCCGAACAUCCCUUAUAGUUUAUCGAGUGGCGAAUGCCUUGGUCUCAUAUAUUUAGCUUACGACUUCCUCAUAACAGCACUUAGGAGUACUUUCCUGUCGUACUGUUCAUUUUAAUGUAGAAGUUAGUUCUAACUUUCCUGUGGUACAGUUUUUCAUGCUUUUCAAGGUGGUUCUAACUUUUGAGUCUGUAUUGAAGUCCUAAUUAAAGUGAAAUUAUCCAUAUGAAAGCUACUGAGUAGUACUUACCUGUUGUACUGUUUAUCAUGUUGUUCAAGUUAGGGUGAUACGCUUUUGGUCUUUAGUUGAAAUUCUUAAUAUUCAAACGAAAGCUACUGUGGUAGAUAACAGUACUUUCUUGUGAAAGUAUGUUGCGGUUCUAGGAGGUGCUAACUUUCUCAUGUAAAUAUGAGGCAUACUAGAUGAAAGAUCUCCUACUACAUGUUCCCGGUGUACUGUUUACUUUGUAUAAAAAAAAAAGAUAACGACAUCCUUAGGGGCCAGUGUUGCUGUUGUUGUCGUUUAUUGCGAAUUACAUUCCAUCCUGGCUUAUUUCUUAAAAACGAAAAACACGGUCUUAUAACUAAGACUGUUUAUCAACAGGUACAAAAUCGAACGCAAACGAUUCCCUUAUGGGCCCUGGCGUACAAGAAGUCGUCGAAGCAAAACUUGGAAAGCUAAAAGAGAAAAUUUGGGAAGUUAGAAUGCGACUGGGGGCUUUACGCGACAGGAGAAAAAAACUUCUAAUGAUAAGCGCCCGCGAUCGAAUGGUCGAGUAUGCUUGUCCUUGUAACCCUGGCAACAGCACUAAACCUGAGAGGGUUACCGAGGCCAGCGUUCACAGUGGAGAAGGGGAUAGUGAUGGAGAUUUUGAUGAUGAUAAUGACGGUGAUAAUGAUGAUGAAGAAAAUAAUGAUGAUAAUGACGAUAAUGAUCCUCAAGGUGAGUAAUGUUUAUACUAAGCUGCUGAUGAUUCACUUUCACUAACCAAUUUCCUAUUUGAUGGUAUCAAUUCCUAGAGGGCCUACAUAGCGACUUUUUUGGAAAUUUUUGAACCAUUUUCGUCCCCAGAAUCAUGAUUCGUUUGGCCAACUCAGCUAGUCAUAGGACUGAUUUGUGAAAGAGACCGAUACGUACUCUACCGAGAAAGAAAAAUAGAAAAAUGGCCUCUUUAUCUCAAGCUAGGUCUGGAUGAGCAGCCCGCAAAAACUUACAUUUAGGUCUGGAAUCUCAAGUAAAUGUAGCAGUGAUCCAAACAGAUUACAUUCUGAUAUAUAUUUUAUUCGACCCUGGUAAUUCUGAUGAACAUUAAAGAGAACAACUUUUUCAACCACUUUUUUCUAGAGUCGCAGAUAUCACCAUUAAAACGACUACCCAAAGCAACGUCACGCAAAGCGGAAGUAAAACAGAAAACGAAGAAGAGAAAAAAAGUGAAGACAAGUCUUAGACGUACUUUCUGUAGCAGCCCUGGAUUGAACUGCUUUUAUCAAACAAAUGAUCAUUGGAAGUUUCCACCGCUGUGGACAGGUACCUGAGUAAUGUUAUAGUCAGUUAGUCACUCAACUAACAAAUCAACAACAAAUCAACAAUUAGGCCCGUCCACACAUAUCCUCCAGUUUGGUCUAUCGUCCACACAUAUCCCGUGAAAACGGUUACCAAAAACGCAUCUUUUCAAAACCAUUCUUCAUAGUGGAGAUUUUUUAAAAGUCUGGAUUCUCGUUUAUGUGUGGACGGACGAAAACAGAGGUCAGACAGUCAGACAGUCAGACAGGCCGGCAGUUAUUCAGACGGUCAGUCUGGAAGUUAUUUUGUAGCCUAGUCGGUUAGACACUCUUUCAAUCGGUCAGUUGGUUAGUGAGGCAGGCAAUCAUCUGGUUGCCUAGUCGGUUGGUCUUUAUCAGUCAGUCCCUCAAACCUUUUUAUCGGUCACUUAGUAUGUUAAUCAUUUUUUGAAACCGUUAGUCACUCACUCAAACAGUCAUCAGUGUGGGAAGGGCAGUCUUUAGAUCAGUCAGUCAGCCAGACACCCCCACAGUUGCCCAGUCGAUCAGACAGUCAGCGUAGUCAUUCGCUUCUUCAGUCGCAGGCUAUCCAUUCAAUCUAUCAAUCUGUAACACUCCAGUCAGUCAUUUUGGCAGUCAGUCCUUCAGACAGUCUGUAAGUCGCCCACUCGAUCACACACUACUGGGUACCUUCACUGGUUCAGUCAAUCAGUCACUCAGUCAAUUCAUCAGUCGGCGAGACUAGUCAUUCAGUCAUUUAGUCAGUCAGUUAGCCAUUCAGUCAAUCUGCAGUCCAACAGUCAGACAUUCUACUUAAUGUGCUUAUAUUUUUGAUUGCCAGUUGUGCUAAACGGUGGGGAGCUGGGUCAGGUAUUCAGUUGGUUCGUUUCGCAACUAGUUUAUAUAUUUCACCUGACUGGAAUCAUUUCCUUUCCUCGCGUGUUAGAUACCAAAAUACCAUGACAUUUCUCCGUUUCUCUUACUUGUUCCUGCAGGAGGAGACUUUUGCUUCUGUCCCAACGCUGCAAACAACUCGUACUGGUGCCUGCGAACAAUAAAUUCCACCCACAAUUUUCUCUACUGUGAGUUUAUUACUCACUUUCUCGAAUUCUUUGACCUCAAUCAAGACCCAUAUCAGGUAAGUAAACCAUCUCACUAUCCAUGUAUAGGAUGGAUAUCCUGUAUAGGAUGACCAAAACCAGAGUCGAUGAAGUGCUUACAAUAGGCAAAUGACAACACGAGCAGAUAAUCCAAUGAAACAUCAAAACGUACAAGUGUAGUCGAGCACGCGAAAACGUGCAACGCGUAAGUGCAAGUCAUGAUUUGCUUUGAUAUCUGAUUGUGUGAUAAUAUCGCGUGGUCCAUAAGUCUCUCCAUUAGACCUAUCAGUCUGUAAGACUCUGGUCAUUUGGUCAUCCAGUCGAAUCCCAAGGCGUGUUGACCGUUAACAGUCCCGUAUUUUCCAUGCGCAUCUCCAGAUCGACAGCUGAGUUCGAGAGGACGCCAUCUUAAUUUAACAUGUUGAUAGAAAUCUGAGGCGAGUGUUAUAACCCGCGUGGAGCAGAAUUAAAGGUGAUAAGGUUAGGAUCUCUCUAGCCUACUGUGUCAGACUCUCAGAUAGUGGGGAGGUCGCGAAAAAAAGCCAAGCGAAAAUAAGUAGUGUAUGAUCUCUCUGUCCCCAGACCCCAGCUCAGUUCGCAUCAUUUCAGUCACGAUCUCUACCCAUAACUAUUAUGGAGCUUGGAACAGACUAGGGUCUCUCUAAGAUCUGAACAAUCGCAUUGAAAAAGGGUGACUGUGAUCAUGCCACAAGGCAUGUCUGAGUACUAUUCGAAGGUGGUAUAUAGGUUCCCCAGUAUCGUUUUAGGAAUUAUUUAUUUAUUUUUUAUCGAACACUCAUCGUUUUUACUGCUUUUAACUUACAGCUGUAUAAUGUCAUUGAUAAAGUGAGCCCCGCUGUUCUUUCCCAACUUCAUGAACAGCUUAACAGAAUGAGAGCAUGUAGAGGAGGGCAUCAAUGCAACCAUUACCAUGGGAAGAAAUAUGCCCAAAUUAAUGCCACUUCCGUGCCAUUAACAACCCCUAGGUUGAUGAGUACAUCGAAAGAAACACAAGCAGAAAUCACAACUAUGAUAACAGACAGCGAAUCUGGUGUUUAUAAUAAUAGAAGUAUUGCUGUCUUGGGCGGCAUUACUACUACCACAAUGCCGUCAACAACUGGGACAUCUGCUGAACUUUCAUCUACACCUUUGCAUUCUAGUAGUGCUUCGGAAGAACGUCGAAAUCUUUCAGAAGGAAUCGAGAAUACUACUGAAAGCGCGGAAACUGCAGAAUCUUCAAAGGCUUCGCCUAUGACAACAUUGGCACCAACAGAAAAAGAGGUUGGAGAAACAAUGGCAACAGGGACAGUUCAAAAGCGACUGGAAGGCUCUGGAAGUUAUACUCGUGAUGAUGCAAGAGUAGUGACUUACAUUGUUACUUCGAAAGCUACAGAGUCUGCGACAAGUGUUUCUUCUGUGAAUACUGUCGCGCCCACGGAAGCUGAAGAACAGAAGCCAAUACCUCCCAAGCCAACUGUUAUCGUCAAAACAACUACGCCAAGCUCAGCGAGCCCUUCUACAUCAGAAGAUACUGGAAAGCCUUCAGAAGUUAUCGCCAUUACUCCGAAACUAACCGAUGCCACUUCGACAUCAACGAACUUAUCGCGGAAUGAUUCACAGUUUACAACUUCAGCUCCUACAGCAAAGACAGAGUCAAAAGUUAGAAAGGGAACCAAAAACCGUAGAGGAAAACCUAUUGUAAAAGGAGGGAGAAAAAAGGACAAAAAUGGCAAGAAAGAAAAACCGAAAGGGGUGAAAAAGUCUAAGAAAUCUAAAAAGAAAUCGUCCAGAAAAUCGAAAACUUUGACGCCAACUGGCAGUUCAGUUUUUCCAGACAAAGCAACAAAACUGCCCACCAACAGUUCAAAUGAAUUCAAUGAAAACGUGCGCAAUGAGUCUGAACAUGAUACAGUAACUCAAGUAAAUAUCGAGAAACCUUCGGAAAGUGUAGUAACGUCGACGACAAGCGCCGAUGAUCCGCCGAUUGUGGGCGCGAAUAAUUCGACGCGCGAAACAAGUUCUACGGAGACAACUGUUUCAACGUUAUUUCCCACGUCAUUGGUGACACUCUCAAACGAACAAAGCACAAAGAACGUUGUUUCGAAAGAAUAUUCUACGGUCAAACAACCAAGUAAAAAAUCAACGAAGCGACGGAAAAAAGGAGAAAAGGAUAACUCCAAAAAGAACAAAAAAUUGAGAAAAAACAUCAAGAAGUCUGGGAAAGAAUUGAUAAUGAAUACGACUACUAGCUCCUUGGGUGAGGGCCUCAAACUUUCUGUUAACCAAACAGCAAUCAAAACAGAAUCGGAAGGCCAGAGAACUGAAUCGGGAAAGGCCGAAGUCGACGAAGGGCAAAGUAAAUCACUGACCGACAAUUUAAAAAAGAGAAACAGAAAGCCAUCGGGGAAAAGAUCAAAUCGAAAUUCCAAGAAACGAUCUCGGAAACCUUCCAAGCGUCCGACACCAUCUCCCAGUAGUCAGGGAGGGGUGACUGGUGGCGGAAUUGAGUCUCCAUCCGAUCCAUGA